AUGCCGCAGCGUGCUGCUGUUGCAACACUGGACGCGGUACGUCUACCGGCCAGGAGCCAUCAGCACCACGCCAAAGCUCCAGGCUAUUGCUACCCUGGGCGCGGCACGUCUGCCGGCCAGACAUUCACAGUUGGCGCGGCAUAUGCCGCACCUGUAAGGCGCGAAGCCAUACGCGUGCACGUGGCAGAUACUACCUGUGAGAUGGUCGCGGUACCCCUAGUGCACGCGACACUACUUGUGCACGUGGCACUUGAGGUGCACGAGGCACUUAUGGCAGUCGUGGUCCUGUAUGGACUGUGUGCCAUGCGGUCUUGCACGCACACCGGCCUGGUGUUGGUCGCCGCGACGCAGGAUGCGAUCGCCGGUGACGGAGGGCAAUACACCCCACACCACAAUGAACUACCCUUGCGGUACCCUGGUGUCGAAGAAAGACACCUUAGCGUCCGCGACGUGAUGGCCGUGACGCGCUGCAGGGCUUUAGACAAGUCCACCGCGUUGCUCUGUAUGAUGAGCGGGUUGCUGGAAGCAGCCAUGGUCGCUCAAGCAAACACGACGUUGAAGCAUGAUGCUUCAUGGCUGUGGUCAGCGCUUGACCAUAGCCCAUGGGUCGAGCCGACGUAUUCGGCCGUCAGACACUCCGCGCCGUGCGAGCGGGGUCCGGUCGGGCCACUGUCAUGGCCGGAGAUGAGUGGCGCAGCUCUCUCCAUGGUUACGCUACGCGCUGACCUGAAAGGGACACCGCAAGUUUGGAGGCACAUGCAUCCCGUGCCGAUGCACUCUGCGCCUACUAGCGCUGUGGAUACGGCCACUAGAGGCGUCGGCUUUGCAGACAACAUCGCCGAGCAGGCAAAGCGCGACGCGCUCGCUGCAAAGGCCGCGUCGGGGACAACUCAGUCGGAGAUUGUCCUCGAAGGUUCCUCUGUAGUCAACGACGCCGUUGACUAUGGGAGUGACGACGUAGAGAUGGAAGAGGGCGAGGCCUCUUCCAGCAAGCGCAAGGAGUCUAUCGACAGUGAUAGUCUCGACCCGGCAUGCGGGUCGAGACGCCCUCGUGAAGGAGACGAUUCGGACGCUUCAAGCUCGAAGCGUUCGCGCGGCGAGAGCGAAACUCCGCUCUCUGCUGCUGGGGCUUUAAGCUCCCCGCAGAUCGCAGACCGUGUGGGCAACACCGUGCCUCCAAAUGAAAUUUCGCUGUACGUAUGCAGCGGGAUCCACGAUGAUGCUGUGGCGGAGGAGCAGCACUUUGAUCCGUUAACGAAUCAAAGGCGCGAUUACUAUAUCGGACUCUUUCACGAGCUCCGAUACUUCUCCAGCAAGAAGACCUCUUCUCGCAGCAAAAAGCCGGCUGCUUACCGUGAGCGUGUUAAGCACGCCCGUGAGCGCUUCGAGACAUUCUCGACGCGGGGGAGGCUGGAGCAGCUCCACAGAUCCUCUGUGGACGCUGGUAUUCCAUGCGCUGUGCCCGAGGGCCAACAGUGCACGUUGUGUCUUCCGGGUGCGGCGCGCUUGAGCGACCGCGACCAAAACGGGUACACGACGAUUCGUGUACCUGCGAGUCUCAAGGAUCUCCGUGCCAAGUUCUUGGCACGUGAGGAACGCGACGAUCGUGGGACCUCGGGCGCUGUAGGUGACCACAGCGCUCGCACUACCUUCGCGUCGGCAGUGCGUGGUGAGCUUCGUACACCCUCACCAUUUCCGGAACGUCCUGCAGCAGGACGUCCAUUGGCUCCCAUGUAUCUUGGUGGGGCGGAAACCCUCUCCAACGAAUACGAUAACGAACUGGCUGCCGGUUCGUUUUCGGGAUACUAUGGUUCACAAUACGCUCAACAAUCCAGCGUGUUGAGCCGCGAGCGUCGCGGAUCGGAGGCGGCGGUGGUGGGAACACGCCCCGGGUAUGGUCAACCUGGGGUAGACCUUGGCCCGACGCUCGAGGAGCGGGUCGCUGCUGUGGAACAGCAUCAGAGCCGGGAGUUCACCGCUCUGAAGCAGGAGGUGGCGAUCCUGAGGGCUCAAGUCGCUCAGGCCUCGCAGACCGCGUCGGACAUCUCUGUCGACGUGGGAGGUCGCGUCGCACGCUUGGCCCAGCGCGUUCACGCGCUGGAGCAGAGGUCCGCUCCCGCUGGGGCUUCCGCUUCGGGCCAGCCGAGCUAG